AUGAGGCGUUAUUUCCCUCGAGCUGCUAGAGCACAUAAGUCUCGAGUGUCCGAGCCCGAGCCCGAGCCUGACGUAUUGACGGAUUCCGACUCGAAGGAUGACGAUGAGGAAUAUUCGGACGAUAGUGUCGAGUCUCUUCAGCUGGCGACCGAAGAUGAGAUUCUGGCCUGCCAGUGGGAGGAUAAUUCUAAAACGGCAAAAGAACAGUAUGUCCCUGGUGAUGUCAAAGACCAUAUAAAGACCAUGCCACCUGAAAUUCUCCGCGGAACGUAUACUAUCAUGCCGUCUUCAAGACCAAAAAGAGGCCUCGAUCAGAAUCGACCCCCAAUCAGCACAAUUGAAGAGAUAUUUGAUGACCUUGUUUCCAAGGCCGAAAAAAAUGGCUUCAGCGAUUUCCUGAAGCAUAUCGGCAACCGGGAGUUACGGGUUGCUACCAUGUGCUCUGGCACUGAAGCGCCCCUACUGGCUUUGGAAAUGAUAUCAGAGAGCUUUAAGCGGCUAUUUGGACAAUCAUUUCGCAUGCAUCAUCUAUUUAGUGCUGAAAUUGAACCUUUUAAGCAGUCAUAUAUUCAGAGAAAUUUUUCACCGAACAUACUCUUUAGAGAUGUUAGCGAAUUGGUACAAGAUGAAGCUACUACUGCCUUCGGAUCAGUGAGAAGGGUCCCAACUGACCCCGACCUUCUUGUUGCUGGGUUUUCCUGUGUCGAUUUUUCGCAGCUAAACUCCCAUCGAAAGUCUCUUGAGGAGAUGGGUGAAUCUGGUCAUACAUUUUUCCCGAUACUUCAGUACGUAAAACGAUGCAGACCUCCACUUGUCAUCCUAGAGAACGUUUUUGGUGCUCCAUGGUCAAAAAUUGCGGAGAUAUACCAGAAAAACGGCUACCAUGCCUACCAUGCUUCCAUUGACACAAAAAAUUUCUAUUUACCACAAACUCGAGAGCGAGGGUAUCUUCUCUGCAUUGACCAGAAAAGACUCAGAACAGAAGCUUCUGUUGAAAAAAGUGGAAAAAAUUCAUUGCUUGCGCGUAUGAUGAAGCAUUUUGAACGCCCAGCGAGCUCCCCUAUUACCGAUUUUCUACUUAAACACGAUGACCCCCGUCUCCGGGUUGGAAUUAAUGAUAUAUCCAUUCAAGCAGCAAGAGAACGUCAAGCAGUGGACUGGACGCGCUAUAAAGCCCGUCAUCUUGCAUAUAGAAUGGAAAAUGGGCUCGGAGAUAAGCGGCCUUUGACAAGGUGGCAAGAUAACGGUACUUGUCAAAUGCCUGAUUAUUAUUGGCAUGGCUGGGCAAAAGCACAGACGGAGCGGGUGUGGGAUACAUUGGAUGUCAAUUUUCUACGCGCCAUAACCAGAAGGUCCGACUUUAUGUCCAAAUGCCGUGUUAUAGAUCUCUCUCAAGGCUUGGACCGAGAAUUAGAUCAACGGGCGUCAGGUAUCUCCGGCUGUCUAACCCCUCGUGGCCAGCACUUUAUUAGUACACGGGGUGGGCCUCUUCUCGGAAUAGAAGCAUUAGCUCUUCAAGGCAUCCCUAUUGACCGAUUGCUACUUAGCAUGGAGAGCCAGCGUGAUCUGCAUGACUUGGCAGGAAAUGCGAUGAGCUCUCCGGUAGUUGGGGCAGCAAUACUGUGCGCUCUUAUUUUGGGACACAAAGCCCUGCAACCUGGCUCAGUUGUGAAGGACAAAUCUAAGGCGUCCAGUGAUAUCUCACUUCCGUCCUCUGUGGUUCAAAAAUACCCAAUGCAUGAUAUGCUUGUUGAGUUGUCCACACCGCCGCUCGAACCGGUAGAAACUAUCCUCCUUAACGCUCAACGAAGCCGCAGGCUUUGUCUUUGUGAAGGCCAGAGCGCAACAAAGCGGAAAAAUAUUCUAAAAUGCUCGAAGUGCAAUCACACAGCAUGUAUUGAAUGUGGCCGCAAUCCAUUACACAGCUAUGAGCCAAUUCCGACAGACCAAUUAACAGAAAGACUCGCUCCUGUUGAUUUUGAAUCAUACCUCAAGACCACCCUUCCAAUGCGGCUGCAAAUAAGUGGACUAAAUGCUAGUGAUUUUGACCAAUUCCAAGGCCGUUGGAAAUCCAAAGCUACAUCUACUGCUUGGGAAACUUUUAAAAAAGCGAUAGACAAAAAUCUUAAUGAAGAAUUACGGUUUAGUGGUUUGAGUCGACAGCGCUCAUGGACUGCAACUUAUGAGGGUACAUAUUCGGUUCUAAAGUUAAUUUGUUCACCCACUGCCGUCGAAUGGUGUCUUUACGCAUUACCCAGCAGAAAUGAGCCAAGCAAUUCCCCAUUGCGCCAUAUACUCGCCUCUCCUAUCGCACGAAUGGCUCCAUCUGACUCAUUAUUCAAUGGCACUUGGUACAUUGGGGCUCCUAUCAGCUCUGAAAGCAAGAUUACCGUGUCUGGCCAAGGACCUCGUGUCGACUCUCUUGGUGCGAGGGUUGGUUUAACGGACAAGGAAUUUCGUGAUACGAAAAUUUGGAGCCAUCUUAGUAUCAACGUAGAGGGUUCAACUCUCGAUAUUGAUAUUAAUGGCGAGUAUGAGUUGCUCCAGGAUUGUGGCGGACCCUGCGGCAGCCUUUAUAAAAGAAUAUCUUCUCACUCAAGAAAAGCCAUUUUCUUUUUCCUUGAUCCGACUGAGUUUGGGCCCGACGAAUUGGAUUCUUGGGUUUUUGCCGCUGAGCAUAACCGAUUGGAUUUUGGGCAAACGAGAGAGGUCAUUGCUCAAAUACAGCCAGAUUGGAGUGCCUUUCGAUUGGGAGACAAUCCACAGUCAGCUAACUGCUGGUACCGUAAAUGGGUUAAGUCCUCAAGCACGUCUUUGAAGGUCUACCUUCCAUCAACGCCAGCCACGUAUCAUAUUUUGGAUUGUGAUGUGGUACCUCAGGUAUUUUGCUUUGAUUGUAAAAGCUCCUAUGCUCCUAUUCUUAACUGCUCGGUACCAGCUACUUCUAGCGAGUUGACUAUGUCGCCCGGUUUGUGGGAACGCUCAGACUUGAUGGAAUCGCCUGUCCUGCUUCAGCGAUUUGCCUGGUUGCUUCAAAAAACCAUUUCUAUCAAACAGUUUUCUAAGUGGAGUACCAUCCAUUUAGCACAGAUAGAACAUGGCUUAGAUUGCCGCCUCUGUGCCCCUCCAAAACCACGUUUAACUUGGGCCCGAAACGAGAAAGAUCGUAUUUGUGGGUAUGAGCACCCUGAGGAUGCCGCUGCAUACGAACAAAGCGUAAAAAAUCGGCCUGUCCCCUUUCUUGGAUACGUUUCUCGGAAGGAAGACUCUUAUUUGGAUUUUCGGAUUUGUUUGAAUAUCCUUACUCUUCUUCAUCGAGCAAUUGGAAAUUUGCCCAAUGCCUCAGAAGAACCAGCAUUGGCAUGGCGAUUGUGCAUUGAUAAAACGGGGUUUGUACGGCAACGUCUCCCAAAACUAGUCGAAUCAAACAACAAACAGAAUUCCGAAAGCACUCAACCUCCGGGCUUUCGAAACCAUCGCUUACGCCCAGAACAACUACGGUCCUUGACAUGGAUGCAAGAGCAAGAGAGUGACCAAGCUCUUCCCUUCGAGGAAGAAGAGGUUGUCGAGGCAAUUUUACCGGUUAUCAAUUGGCGAGCUGAAGGAAGGGCAAACGUUAAGAAACUUGUACGAGGCGGAAUUCUAGGUGAUGACGUUGGCUACGGCAAAACAGCUAUAUCGCUUGGUUUGGUGGAUAUGCAGUUUACAGAAGACUCAGCAUCCGUUCCUGAAAACGCGGACGGGGCAAUUCCAAUAAAGGCAACCUUAAUCGUUGUUCCACAUCAUUUGUUUGAUCAGUGGAUGCGAGAAAUCCACAAAUUUUUAGGCUCGAAAUACCGAAUCUUGCAAAUCAAGACAUUUGCCGCCCUUCGAAAUUUGAGUAUUGGGGAGAUGGAAAAAAUAGACAUUGUGUUAGCUUCCGCAGCGAUAUUUCGAGCUAAUUCUUACUAUGAAUUAAUACGAACCUUUACCGCGGCUCCUGAGAUUCCGCAAGGAGAUGGUCGCGUCUUUGAUGAAUGGCUUCGAGACGCCAUAGGCGGUGUUCGAUAUCAUACAUCCCUUCUUUGUACUGGCGGAAGUCUCGAUAUCUACAACAGCAUUCAAGAGAAAAUCAAAAAACUCCAGCUCGAUGCUGCUGCUUCCUCGAAAUAUAACCCUUCUCGAAGAUUAAAAGGACAAAAGCUUCAAGACCAUCUUGCUAAGGGAAAUAAAAUACCAGUGGAGGUAGAACGCGAUUCUGAUGAUAGCACGACUGAGAUCCGUCCGCUGGUAACAAAUUCCAGGCCAAAGAACGGUCGUAAAUGUACCAAAAGAAAAAGAGAGCCCGAUGGCGACGAAGAUUUUGUGGAAUCAGAUUCAAGCUUUGAAAAACGUCCAAAGACUCAGCGCAAAAGGCCAAAAGCGGCAGCAAUUAGAAAGCAGGAGGAUGCCAAAUCGGCUGAUGCCACAUUUCAUCUCCACGAUGCGAAAUACGACUGGAAAAGGCUUCGGAGCCCCUUCCUUCAUAUGUUCGAAUUCAAUCGCCUGAUCAUUGAUGAAUUCACUUAUUCGAAAGAUAAGGGGUAUUCAGGCGUGCUCACAGUCCCCGCGAGAAAAAAAUGGAUUCUUUCGGGCACACCUCCGUUAAACGAUUUUGCCGAUGUAAAAUCAUUUUCCCCGUUCCUUGGAAUUCACUUGGGGGUUGAUGAAGAUGAUAUCAGACGAACUGAGAACGAGAGAUUGAAAGCUAUUCAGCGAGACAAAACGGAGGUUGAACAAUUUCAACCAUUUAUUACUCGUCGGAGCGCUGCGUGGCAUAAAAGACGACACGAAAUGUCGCAGGGGUUCUUAAACCAAUAUAUGAGAAAGAAUGUCCCUGAGAUUGGCGAAAUACCGUUCACUGAACACAUUUAUGAAGUUGUUCUCGCUCCAGCCGAGCGUGCACUCUAUAUUGAAUUGUUCGUGCAGGUCAUGUCUCAGAAUUUGAGGAUUCGAAGACAAGGCAGGGGACUAUACGAUGCAGCUGAAGUUUCGCGUCUGAAUCAAAUUAUUGGUGAUAGUGACAGCCCAGAGGAAGCACUUGUAAAACGAUGCUCUCUAUUUUCGCUCGAUAACCUUAUUGGUAGAUAUGCCGAGGCUUCUAGUGAGGAUGAGUAUGAUAGUGAGGGAGCAACAUCAGGAAAAGGGAAACUUGGCACUGGAAAUACUAUCCUCGAUAUCCGUUUUCAAGAAUUAAAGGACUUAGGAGCUGACCUACAGACAAAGUUGAGGCUCGGUCUUUGGCUAAAAUCUAAACUGAACGACGACGUCAGAAACCACUUCGAUAAAACCCUAGCACUUAUAGAAACAAAAACCGGGGCUGGCGAAUUAGGAGAUUUUCUGGUGAAAAGAAUGGUGCGGAAGUGUCUUGAUUUUGCGAAAGCAAAUGCGCGUGAGAAAGACGGAGCAAAGUUUUAUAUCACAGCACAACAAAAGCGGCAGAAUUCAAAGGAUACUCGGCCAGAGUUCCCCGCCUCUGAGAAAGCCAUUGUUCAAGACUUAAAUAACUGCAACGACAGUAUCCGUCGACUUAUUUCUGAAACUCCGACCCUUGAAAGUUAUAGAGUCAUAAAUGGAGGCGAUUUUGCGGAGGACGAAUCGCGAGUCCUGAGUAAUUCCUGGGAAAAGUUUGGAGGAAGCAAGAUCGAUGAGCUUGUUCAGCUUCUGCGGACUACCACCAGAAUUCCUAAGGAUGAUCAAGUCUUGCUCUUUAUUCAGUUUGCAGAGCUGAUCAAUGCUGUAUCUGCUGCACUGGACAAGGCCAAGAUUCACCAUAUUACAGUGACGUCAAGCGAUCGCGCCCAGGGGAAAGAACUGUCCAAUUUCCAGAAUCAAACCGAGGAAGUUAAAAGUAAGGUGCUCAUACUCGCGCUUGGAGAUGUUACAGCAUCAGGCUUAAACCUCCAAAAUGCGAACCAUAUCAUAUUUUUCCACCCAUUAAUAGCUCGGUCACAAUAUGAUUACGAAUCUGGAAUGGCGCAAGCCAUAGGCCGGUCUCGAAGAUAUGGCCAACAAAAGCAUGUGCAUAUUUAUCACUUUUUGGCUCUGAACACAGUUGAAGUCAACAUUUUUGAGCAGCGGAGACGCGAAUGCGUGGUGAAACGAGAUCAGAAGUUCAUUUCUGUCUCUAGAAAUGAUGUUCGGCCAAGUGAUGUUGCUGAUUGGAGCGGAUACCCCUUGCAGGGCAGCAAUGCCACAGAUUUUGACGAUGGGGUCGACUAUAAAUAA